AUGGCCAACUGGACGCCUGUGAACCCCUCGCCCUUCGACUUUUUGGCAAAGUAUUGCAUUUUCAGUCAGGAGAAGCUGGCUGAAUACAAAAGAGCUUUUGAAGCAGAGGACAGUGAUGGCGACGGCUACCUCUCCGGCCUUCAGGUUCUACUUGCUCUUAAAAACAUCAUCCCACCAGAGCUGCUGUCGGACAAAGAAGAGAUCUAUGUCUAUAGGAUCCUGGAGAUGGUGGACUUCAGAGUGACAGAUGGGCUGGUGGACCUGAGGCUCUUUGCUGUGAUUGCGAGCCUGGCACAGAAAAUAGCCACCAUGGAUGAGUUUAUGCGAUCACAAAUCACCAACAUGGACUUCCGCUCCUUAGAAGUGAGGCUCUUCAAAGCAAAGCAACUGUUCCUGUUCCUCCUGGAGGAGCAGCAUGGAGACGCUGGAGCUCUGCAGGGCUUCAUCAGCACGGAGCAGCUUCUUCUGGAGCUGAAGGCCGGAGGAAUCCACCUGGAGCAGGAGGAGGCCAUCAGGCUGGAGCUGAAGAGCACACCCCCCCUCGACCUGCUGGACUUCCUGGCCCACCUGCCCCUCUUCAUGCUCAUCCACAAGUCUGUCAUCGCCAACCCUCUCGAUGACUCCAGCAACCUCUGAGCUCUUUCACUGCAAUGCCAGGUAUCAGCCUCACUGCCACUAUACAGUCAGUACUGUACGAACAGAGAGCUUAGAUUCAAGGGAAUGAAUUAGGCACUGUGGUAUUAUGUAAUGCUACAUUGAAAGUAUUAAUCUGUCAUUAAAGGCCUAGUCAUUCAAGCAUGUAAAAUACAAAUAAAUUGGUGCUUUAAGUCAAAUGGUUUGAACUGCAAUUUUGAGCAGCUGAGUGGAAAAAGGUUUCACAACAGCUUCUCUGAAACUCUUUCCGACAUCCACGAUAUCUCAGACUUGGAGAAAAGAACUACAGGAAUGUCAACAACAUGUUUGGAAAAAUAGCUGCCAAUAUAACUCCGCCAAGAGCCAAAAUAGUCAGCUUUUGACAUAUCUGAUGCCUUUGGAAAUAGUGUUAUAAAUUACUGCAAGCUUGUUAGCAAUACUUGCUAACGGUUGCAGACAAACA